UCUGCUAACCGUCCCCAGUUGUAGCGGAGGAACCUCCGAGCUGUCACAACACGCGUCAACCCCGCAGUCAUGGCAUCCAGCUCCCUACUUGUGGAAAUCCAGGACUAACAGACUAACUAGCGAAGUUGUUGUUUUAUCUUCUGUGUCCGAGUUGAGCGGAGUGGAGAUGAGUGUGUGAACGGAGGAGGGGCUAACGUUAGAGAGAGGAUUAUCGUUUCCUCACAGAGAAUUUGACAGUAAACCACUAACUAGGCUGUUGGUGUUUUCGUUCAACUGCGACAGACCCGACAGCACAACGAGUCAUGUCUCGUAGGAGUUCUCGCCUGGUGUCCGGCGGCUACUAUAACUCAGAUGAAGAAUCUGAUUCAAGCAGCGUGACAAACAUAUCCUACCGUGAAAACCCUGUCAAGGUUUUCAAGAAGAAGGCGGGUACCCGCAAGGGCCGCUCACAUACCCCCACUAGGACCAACAGCAAUGCUAGUUUUGACAGCCCCGAGCCGUCAACCACUGCAGGCCAGUAUGAUGGCCUGAGUCCUUCCCCCCAGAGCAGUCCGACCCAGCCGAUCACGAGGACCGUACCCUACGUUUCCACCAUAGCCACCCCUCGGCCUGCCCUGACCCCGUCAUCAAGCCGGAGUCAGACGCCCACACGCUGCCCCUCGGUACCUCCAGAGAAGAGCCCCCACGCUGGGCUCUGCAGCUCCAGCAAACCAGGAUUACACUUCAGACCCAACCACAAGGAGCUGAGUCAGAGCGGCGUGGACAGCUCAGGGUACUCGUCCUCUGAGGGCCCUCACAGGAAGCCCGCCGCCGCCAACACCACCAGUAGCACCAGUAGCAACCAUGGUAACAGUGCGGCUCCCAGGACUGGAUACGGAACCAGGAUCAGCAGUGCCUUCUUUAGUCUAAUGGACUCAAUCUCGUUGAUGGCCGUCGCAGUACACUCAAAAAUAAUGCAUCGGGCAGCUUUAGCUAAUACUUCUUCACUCAGCAGUCACAUGAAGAAGGCCUGUGGUCUGCUUCUCCUCCUCCUCUUCUUACUUCUAUGUAUUUGGUUCCUCCUACCUUUGUUGACCUCUUUCCUCUCCCGCAUGACUGCCACAAAGACCCUAUCACAGACAAAACCUAAGAGUCAACCUGUUAUCCCUGCCACUCCUCCUCCUCAACUGAACACCAUGCAUCCUACACCUGUGGUGGAUCCAGCCGUUGUGUCUGCUGCUGUAGAAGCGAAGAUGCGCCAUUUUAUGGGGGAACUGCAGUUGAAGCACGAGGAGCUGCAGCUGAAGCAGGAACACCUUCUCUCCCAGAUGAAGGAGAGACUACAGCUCGAGGUGCAGGACAUGAAAGCCAAGCUUGAGGUUGUGGACUCAGAUGGUCGGAUGCGUCUGGAGCAGGAGCUUGCUGGCUUGGGCAAGCAGAUGGUGGAUUACCAGACAGACAGCCGCUCUGCUGCUGCCAGCCUCAGCCUCAGAAUCCAAGCUUUAGAGGCCCAGAAUGCCGAGCUGUCCCAGGAGUGGUCGUCCAUCAAGCUGAUGCCUCCACCCGCCCCUUGUCCUGAUACCAGCACCAUCCCAGUCCAAAACCAUCUCACCCCAGAGCUCCAACAGGCCAUGGAGAAGUGGCUCACUGACCGUAUCAAGGAGCAGGAUGCUAUCAGGCUUGGUGACAAAGGAGGCUCAGAGUGUGGGCGCCCCAUGGCUGACAAAAUGCCCGACUUUGCACUGGAGACUCAAGGUGCCAGUGUGAUCAGUACCAGGUGUUCAGAGACAUAUCGUAUUCGUUCAGCAUGUGUGACCCUGUUUGGAUUCCCUCUGUGGUACCCAUCUGAAAGCCCACGCACUGUUAUUCAGGGCUACCCAGUGCUGCUCCCAGGGAAAUGUUGGGCGUUUCACGGUGUCCAGGGCACUCUUGUGAUCUCUCUGUCACACCCCGUCACCAUAACUCAUGUGACGCUGGACCACCUGCCGCGCUACAACUCCCCCACCGGACGCAUCGAUUCCGCCCCCAAAGACUUUGAAGUUUAUGGAAUGAAAAAUGACACAGAAGAAGGAACACUGCUGGGGACAUUCACUUACGAUGAAAAUGGAGAGUCAACGCAAACGUUUAAGCUGCCUAAUCCCAGUGACGUGGUGUAUCGAUUUGUGGAGCUGCGUGUCCUCACUAACUGGGGUCAUGUGGAAUAUACGUGUCUUUACCGCUUCCGUGUGCACGGACAGAUCUCUACAUGAGACACAAGACUAACUGACCGUGACGUGACAACUCAUUCCACCAUGUCAGAAAGUGCAUUUGACAUGUACACUAUUUAAAUAGUAAAAUUCUGUUGGUCGGAGGUGUGUUCAGGGCCAAAUGCUACUGAAAAAACCUUUAGUGUUAAAUAAUCACUCCUGUUUUGGUGUUUUUUGAUUGCUUAAUGUGACUGAAAUCAUAAAAGGGUUUGUGCACAAUUUAAAGUGCAAACUUGGCUUUGAAUAACUGUACAGAAUGAAGUGUAAAAUAUGUUUCUAAAAACCAAAAAUCUACCUGGUAAAACCAUUUUGGAGCAUAAAGUUCUGGAAACUUUAUGCUUUUGGCCACACCAGAGUGCCACUGAAUAAAUUUUAACUUGUGUUAUUAUUAAUUAUUGUUGCUAUUUGUUUUUCCAACUUUGCAUUCCUCAUCAAAUGAAAUUUCUUUACAUUAUACCACUGAGCAGCUGCAGUGGACCAGCUGAGUGUUAAAUGUCUUGCUCGAAGGUACUCUAACAAGUGAAAGAAUUAACUUUACUGACCCUGGUUGCAAGCUUGCACACAUCAGCGAUAAAGUGACAUUCAUGAAGUUAAAAGAAUAACAAUCAUUUCUAAAGCACUAAAUUAAUUUCAAUAUUUACUAUCUUUACGAUAUAAAUAUCUAGUUUUUGAAGUUCUCAAUCACACAUGCUAGUUCUGUUGUUUUCGAGAGUGGUUGAAACAGCUGUUACGUCAUUUUUUAUGGGACAACUAUUGGUCGUUGCUGAUGUUGUAACUGAUGGGAUGCACCAUCCUAUGAACAAUAGGAAGAAAUCGUACAGAGGGCAGCAGUGAAUGUUUUUUAAUCAGUAUUGUUUGUUAUUGUUAAGUUAAAUUUGGUUUAAUAUUCCUAUGAAAGAUCAAAUAUGCAGCUUUGUAACUUUUGUUUUCUCUUUUGAACUUGUCAGUUUUGAUUUUAUUACUUGUACUUGAAUACUUGAAACUUCUUUUUCUAACCUGUUUGAAAGAUGUCAUGUUGACUUCAUGACAUCUGUGUUUCUAUUUCCUUGUGCAUAACACCAUUACAUUUUAUAACAACCAGGAAAGAAAGGUGUUAUUUAUUUGUAAGAUGAGAACAUUCAUUUAUGAAUUCAUGUUUCAAGUCAUAUUUUUAUUACUUUUCCAACAUGCCAAGACAUGGUAAAUCAUCAAGUUUACCAUUCAGUGUCUUUAAAAUACAUGUUCACAUAAAUAUUGUUUGGACUGCACACGUCAGAACUGUGUAUUCAGUCAUUUCUCAUGUAGACCUAUUCUUGGUUUCUUUGUUGUGCAGUACAUUUAGACAGGAGGUGGUGGAGAAAAUGAUAGAUAUUAGAAAUUAUGCACUAGAGGUAAAUCCAGGUUAAAUCCAUCAUUUCUUGCUCUUUUCCUCUAUUAGAUACUAGUCUUAAAAGAGAUGUAGAAAAAGGCAAAUGAGAUAGAGAAGCUGUUUUACAAGACAAAAUCAUGUUUUUAACUUUUUGAGUGGUGUGGGUUGGAAAUGAAUUAUUUUGAUAUAAUUUGUGCAGGUUACAGACAUUUAUAAUCUUAAUGUAUUGCAUUUUAUAUUUAAACUGAUAAUUCAAGGUAAUACAAGAACACAGUUCUAAUAUUAUUAUUUUUUUUACCUUAUUUGUUGAAUACCUUGAUUGUGUAUAACCAUGAAUUAAUAUUUGCCGCUCCUAAGAAUCUCUUGAUCUUCCUCACGGUAGACACACUUUUAAUAUGUUAAAUUCAAACUUGAUUGGCUUUUGAGAUGCGGAUGAUGUCAAAUGUGGGUUAUUAUACACUUUAAACAGUACAAUGUCUCUUAUAUCACCUAAACAACAUUUGUUUUCAUAUUUAAAAGCUGUUGAUCAGCCUGUACAGUCCUAAUGCUUGUAUCUUUGUGCGCAUGUGCUCUUUCCUGAACACACAGUACAGACAGUGUAAGUCUCUUAGAUUCUUGUUAGUGUAAAGCUGUACAAGAAAGACAGAGAAUGCUUUAGUUUAUCACUUAAUCAGGUUCACGUUCUCAGUUUAAAAGAAGAGACAGCUUAAACAAUAAAUUCAGAUGUUCAUUGCCAUUGCUGACAAUUGUUUUCUCUCUUCAUUCAGCACAUUCGUGUGUCAAAUACAGAUACUUCCUGAGGUGUUCUCCAGAGUAUUUGACUAUUGAUGCCUAUUUGUAAGCCAAAUUAGGAUGUUUUUCUGAUGAAUUAAA